UUAAGCGUCCUUCCGUUAUCUUCUCUGCAGGGGUUUAGGGUUUUGUUCCUCCGUCUCCUCUCAUUUGGACGAGAGAGGGAAAAUCAAUGGCUGCGGAAACCGGAAGCCAUGGCCAACCUCACAAAGCUCACCGGUCGCGGCAGGCCGGGCCGUCUGCGAAGAAGAAGAAGAAGGGCGGUUCCAAGUCCGACAAGGAGAACCUCUCCGAGGAGCAGAGGCGGCAGCAGAACCCCAAGGCAUUCGCCUUCAAUUCCUCCGUCAAGGCCAAGCGGCUGCAGUCUCGCUCCGUCGAGAAGGAGCAGCGCCGCCUCCACGUCCCAACCAUCGACCGCACCUAUGGCGAGCCUGCCCCGUACGUCGUCCUUGUUCAUGGACCCCCCAAGGUUGGGAAGUCACUUCUGAUAAGGUCCCUCGUGAAGCACUACACUAAGCAUAACUUGCCGGAAGUUCGAGGACCCAUUACCAUUGUGUCUGGCAAGCAAAGGCGGGUGCAAUUUGUGGAGUGCCCAAAUGAUAUCAAUGGCAUGAUUGAUGCCGCCAAGUUCGCCGAUCUAGCGUUACUGCUUAUUGACGGAAGUUAUGGCUUUGAAAUGGAAACAUUUGAAUUUCUCAACAUUCUGGACACUCAUGGGCGCCCAAAUCUCAUGGGUGUCCUUACUCACCUUGAUAAGUUUAAGGAUCCGAAGAAACUUAAGAAAACAAAGCAGCGACUCAAGCAUCGUUUCUGGACUGAGACUUAUCAGGGAUCAAAACUGUUUUACUUGUCUGGUCUAAUUCAUGGAAAGUACCUUAAACGCGAAGUUCACAAUCUUGCGCGGUUCAUUUCUGUUAUGAAAUUCCGUCCUUCGUCUUGGAGAAGUGCUCAUCCAUAUAUUCUAGCUGAUCGUUUUGAAGAUGUCACUCCUCCUGAAAGAGUGCAGCAAAAUAGCAAAUGCGACAGAAAUGUUACUCUUUAUGGUUAUUUACGGGGCUGCAAUUUGAAAAGGGGCGCAACGGUGCAUAUUGCUGGAGUUGGAGAUUAUAGUUUAGCUGGGGUGACAAGCUUAGCUGAUCCUUGUCCUUUGCCAUCAGCAGCCAAAAAGAAGGGACUCCGAGAAAAGGAAAAGUUAUUUUAUGCACCUAUGUCUGGAGUUGGUGACCUCCUCUAUGACAAGGAUGCUGUCUACAUCAAUAUUAAUGAUCACUUUGUUCAGUUUUCAAAAACUGAUGAGGAAAAUGGGGAAGUCAAUCGAAAAGGAAAGGAACCAGAUGUGGGUGAGGUUUUGGUGAGGUCACUCCAGAACACAAAAUAUUCAGUUGAUGAAAAGCUAGAGAAGAGUUUUAUUGACCUAUUCGGACGGAAACCUGAUGUCUUCUCGAAAGCUAAUGGGGAAGCAAAGGAUAUGCAGCAAGCUGUGGCUCAGGGUCAUGAAAUGGAGCCUCUAGGUUAUCUAAAAUCCGGAGAAGAUUCUUUAUCUGGUGAGACUGAUGCUGAGAAUGUGGAUGGUUCAGAAUCUUCUGAUCAGGAUGAAUAUGAUAAUGCCAACGAAUCAAUGAAACAAACCUUUAUUAAAGAUGGCUUUACAGAACAUGUUGAGUUUCAUGGGGGAAGGAUGAGGAGGAAAGCUAUUUUCGGAGGUGAUGCUGAUUAUGGGGACUUAGAUGCAGAUUCCGAUGGAGAGAAUGAAGAUGACAAUAAUGAGGAUGAUGUUCCCGGAGAUGAUGAAGAUCUUAGUGAUGAGGAUAAUAAGUCAUCUGAUUCUGACGUUUUAGAUGAUGAUGAUGAUGAUGUAGGGGAUAAUGAAGAGGAUAUGGGUAAUGUUUCAAAGUGGAAAGAAUUUUUGGUGGAGAGGACAGUCUCAAGGCAACAUAGGAAUCUUAUGCAUGUUAUCUAUGGGACAACUGCUGCAGUAUCAACUUCUGUAAAUGAAGGACAGGAAGAUGCAGACAGCGAGGAAGAGGAAUUUUUCAAGCCAAAGGGAGAAGGAAGAAAGAAUGUGAGAGAAGAUUUAGCUGCUGAAGACAUUAACAGAGAAGACUGUUCAAAGUUUGUUGGAAGCCUGAAAAAGUGGGAAGAUGAAGAGGCUGUUGAAAGUAUUCGUGACCGUUUUGUUACUGGAGAUUGGUCAAAGGGUGCUUUCAGAAAUCAAAUGUCAGAGGAUAACCAAGAAGUUGAUGAUGAUGUUUUUGGUGACUUCGAAGAUUUGGAAACUGGAGAGAAGUAUGGAGAUGACCAAGCGGAGGAAUCUGAAAAAAAGGCUAUGCAAAUGGAGGAUGAUGCAGUGAUUGAGGAGAGGAGGCUGAAAAAACUUGCUCUUCGGGCAAAGUUUGAUUCUCUCUAUGAUGGAGAAGCACCAGAAGAGGAUGAUGAUGACAAACAGGUUGGAGAAUUUCACCACAGUAAAGCACAUGAAGGUGGCUAUUUUGACAAGUUAAAGGAGGAGAUUGAACUUCGGAAGCAGAUGAACAUAGCAGAGCUUAACGACUUGGAUGAGACGACUCGGAUAGAGAUAGAGGGUUUCCGAACAGGGACCUACUUGAGGCUGGAGAUUCAUGAUGUUCCUUAUGAGAUGGUUGAACAUUUUGAUCCCUGCCACCCUGUACUGGUUGGUGGAGUUGGUUAUGGCGAGGAGAGUACUGGCUACAUGCAGGCAAGGUUAAAGAAGCACAGGUGGCACAAGAAAGUUCUGAAGACCAGAGAUCCCAUAAUUGUCUCCAUUGGUUGGAGGCGUUACCAGACAAUACCAAUUUAUGCUAUUGAGGAUCGCAAUGGAAGGAAUCGCAUGCUGAAAUACACACCAGAGCAUAUGCAUUGUCUUGCCAUGUUCUGGGGUCCGCUUGCACCACCCAAUACUGGGGUUAUUGCGGUCCAAAGCUUAUCAAACAAUCAGGCAGCAUUUCGAAUAACAGCAACUGCAGUGAUUCUUGAAUUUAACCAUGCGGCACGGAUAAUGAAGAAAAUAAAGCUGGUCGGUUACCUUGCAGAUUUUCAAGAAGACUGCCCUUGUAAAGGAUAUGUUUACUUCAGAUCUUGAGAUUGCAAGGUUUGAAGGUGCAGCAGUUCGAACUGUGAGUGGGAUUCGUGGGCAGGUGAAAAA